AUGCAAGCCGUUAUUUUCAAAGGCCCCCUCCAGGUUGCACUGGAGCAGCGCCCUAUACCCGAGAUUGUCGACCCUACCGAUGUCAUAGUCAAAGUCCAGUAUACUGCUCUCUGCGGUAGCGAGCUUCAUGUUUUCCGCGGCCAUCAACCCUCCGGAUCCGAGUUUGUGAUGGGCCACGAAUUUACCGGUGAAGUCACAGCUGUAGGAUGUCAAGUCCGGAGAUUCCGUGUCGGUGAUCGCGUCGUUUCCCCCUUCACCAUCAGUUGCGGCAAAUGUUUCUACUGCAGGCAGGGUUACUCGUCACGGUGUGCUUUAUGCCUACUAUACGGUACUGUGGCGUUGGAUGGCGCCCAGGCCGACUAUGUGCGAGUGCCUCUGGCGGAUACUACUCUGAUCGCCGCCCCAGCAGGUGUUGACGAAAAGAAACUUGUGUUGAUGGCAGAUAUCCUUCCGACAGGCUUCUUCGCAGCUAAGAAUGCCUUCGAGGACACAGUUAGUGGAGUGGCACAAGGCAGUACAGUCCUCCUGUUUGGAUGCGGACCAGUGGGCAUCUGUGCUCUGAUCAGUGCACUUGAAUACAAGCCGAAGCACCUUAUUGCCAUCGACAGCGUGCCGUCCCGAUUGGAGCUCGCCCGGACGCUCGGGGCGGAGCCGUGGAAUUUCCAAACUGAUGGAGAGAGUCUGCGUAAAAGGGUGAUGGACCUGACAGAGGGACGCGGAGCGGACAUAGCUAUCGAAGUAGUGGGACAUAGCAGUGCGUUACGGAUGGCGUUUGAUCUUCUGCGACCUUGGGGACGCAUCUCCAGCGUAGGGGUGCACAAUGGCGAGAUUCCUUGGACGGCCAAUGAGGCGUAUAAUAAGAACCUCCAGAUCCAGAUGGGACGGUGUCCUGUUCGCAGUAUUUUCGAGGAUGCCCUCGCCCUGCUGAUCAAGAAGCAGGAUGCAUUCAACUUCAUGGUGACCGAUAUCCGGCCUCUGUCGCAGGCGCUCCAGUCAUACGACGAUUUCAACCAGACCAAGACUCAGAAAGUCAUAUUCGAGGGAGGAAAAUAA